AGAACGCACUUGUUAGUGUUUAGUAUUCGCCAGUGUUUUUGAGUUAAACAGAUUGAACAUUAUUGAAAACAAAUUCGGACGUGCCAGCUAUGCAGUAAUAAUGAGACGGGAUAAAUAAAUGUUUUCGGUACAGCAGUUUUACGGUACCUGGAGGAGAAUUUGCUUUAAAACUGAAACGCUAACGCCGGCACCUCCGUGGUGGUGCUGCUGGUGUCACACAGACCGCGAUAAUAAUGUGUCACAGCAGCUUAAUCUAAAGGAAACCCGACAGAAGCAGGUUAACAAAAGGCGCAAGAAGGAAAGAUCUUUGUGUCAACCUGUGCUGUCACUGUUGAACCAGCAGUACCGUGAGGAACUUGGUGACUUGUGGCAUAUGCAAGGUAAAUUUGAUAACUGUGCUCCUGGACCCUCAUCAUGGCAGUAUGGCGUCAUGCUCAAUCGCUUCACUGCAGUGACAGGCAUUGCACAGAUUCUUCAAGCCCAGGGCUUUUCCACAUUGCUGCCACAAACAGAUGUCUCAGUGCUGCAUUGUAAACGGUCCCUCAUGGUAUUAAAUUCUAAAUACCAAGAAGCAAAAGAUAAUCUGUUGUCAACUCCCUAUUCCCAACACUCUCCAGAUGAUGCCCAGCCUGACAACAGCUCUUUUCCACUCAGUCAGGACUCCCAGUCAGAGCCUGUCCUCAGUUUUCCCCCUCCUUCAUUACAGUGCUACAUCCACCCAUGCCUCCUGCGGUUUCCCUCUCAGGCUCAUAGGCCUGGCCAGCUGAAGCAGUACUACCUCCUCAAUGCUGCGUCCCUUGCUCCAGUGCUGGCUUUGCAAGUCAAAGAUGGGGAGAAGGUUCUGGAUCUUUGCUCAGCUCGGGGAAAAGCCAUAGCCAUAAUGCAAAGUGCCAGCCCAGCGCUUCUCUGCUGUAAUGAACCAGAUCUUCACAGACGGGACUGGCUUGCCAAAACCCUGGAGUCUUUUUUGCCUCACUCACUAAACAGCAGAGUGAUUGUGUCUGCACAGGAUGGACGGUGUUUUGGCAGAGUGAAGCAGUUAUAUGACAAGGUUUUGGUUGAUGCUCCAUGUUCUAAUGACAGGAGUUGGCUGUAUUCGUGCAGCAGCCAGCAGGGGGAACAGAGACUGAAGGAAAGAGCUUGGCUGCCUUCGCUCCAAGCACAGCUGCUUAGGUCUGCGCUGUUAGCGGUGUCUCCGGGUGGCACUGUGGUCUAUUCAACCUGCACUCUGUCCAGCUUUGAGAACUUUGCUGUAGUUGAGACGGUGCUGAAGGACUUUCCCGAGGCUGAACCUGAAGACCUGUGGGAGGAGAUUGCCAUUCCUUUAUCUAAGUACUUUACAUUCAGCUGUAACCCUAGUCAUGGACAGACAACUCAGGAGCCAUCCCUGCAGACACAAGAUGCUUCUGUGUCCUCUUAUCACCACAGACUUGGCAUUCUAGUCGUCCCUCAGCCUGGCAAGACAUGGGGACCCAUGUUUUUGGCUCGGAUUAGAAGAUGGAAAUAAGUCUUACUGUGCGGGAAAAAAUACGUGAAAUGACAUAGCUAAACUUAAACGGUAACCUCAUUCAAAACACCAGAUUUAAAAUUCAGAUUGAACACAUUGUAAAUAUGCACAGUGCCUACCUGUGCCACUUAUGCAAGAGGAAAAGUAAAGCAGCAGUAGUUGAGACAUGCAGAUUUAACACGUCGGUGUCAAACAAACAUGGUUAAGAAAGUCAGAAAUGCUCCCGUUUUAACACUGCAAACACCAACCAUCUGCUAAACUAUAAGGGUUGCAGCUACAGUUUCUGUUGUUGUAGCUGUUGGCUUCUGUGUGCGUGUGUGGGUGUGUUGCAAGAGAUUUAGAAAAUAAAAAUAGAGCAUUGCUCACAUCAGUUAAACUCACCUCCAGCAAUCUGGAUCAAAGACAGAACUUAGUCAAUAUUCCAGUACUUAACACAUGAGUUUCUAUAUCAAAUGAGAAACAAUGAGAAAAUGAUGUGAAAGCCGCCAGUGAUCACUUAGUUUUUGCUCAGGUCUGCUGCUCCCCGGGGCUUAGAAAGGCUUUAUUUCCAAUUUCAGCCAGCUGUUUACCUGUCCAUCCUGCAUCUGUAUCAUUUUGGUUCACAUUCACUGUUUUCAUAGCAUCGACUCUUCUCAGCAAAUGAUCUAAUUGAAGCAUUUAGCAGCCACAGAGGCAGAUAUAUAAGUUGGAAGACCCCUAAUGCACAUCAAAAGAGAGUGAAUACUGGACUUGGAUAUUCAUGAGUUAGCUAGAAACAACUCCAAAUAAAAUAGUAUUGCUGCAGAUACUGUUUGUAAAUUAGCAGAAGUCAACAAUUCACUAUAUAUUCACCUAGGCUGCUGGGAGGUUCCCAUAAUGCACUGUUUCUUUUCAUUCACCUUAUUUACUUUGUUUAUACU